AUGGUGCUGUCACAACGACAACGAGAUGAACUAAAUCGAGCGAUAGCCGAUUAUCUACGUUCCAAUGGAUAUGAAGAGGCAUAUUCCACUUUCAAGAAGGAGGCGGAAUUAGAUAAUAAUGAAGAGUUGGAUAAGAAGUAUGCUGGCCUUUUGGAAAAGAAAUGGACCUCAGUCAUCAGAUUACAAAAGAAGGUGAUGGAGCUUGAAUCCAAACUGAAUGAAGCUAAAGAGGAGAUCACCCUGGGAGGACCCGUCAGUCAGAAGCGUGACCCCAAAGAGUGGAUCCCACGCCCACCAGAAAGGUAUGCGCUGAGUGGGCACCGCAGUCCGGUCACCCGCGUCAUCUUCCACCCAGUCUUCAGUGUCAUGGUGUCGGCUUCAGAGGACGCCACAAUAAAGGUUUGGGACUAUGAAACAGGAGACUUUGAACGCACACUGAAAGGCCACACAGAUUCGGUGCAGGACAUCUCUUUUGACCUGACAGGAAAACUGCUAGCAUCCUGCUCUGCUGACAUGACUAUCAAGCUUUGGGAUUUUCAAGGCUUUGAAUGCAUCAGGACCAUGCACGGACAUGACCACAAUGUUUCGUCUGUAGCCAUCAUGCCCAAUGGAGAUCACAUUGUUUCUGCCUCGAGGGACAAAACCAUAAAAAUGUGGGAGGUGGCAACUGGAUACUGUGUGAAGACCUUCACAGGCCACAGAGAGUGGGUCCGUAUGGUGCGGCCAAACCAGGACGGCACACUGAUCGCCAGCUGUUCAAAUGACCAGACAGUGCGUGUUUGGGUUGUGGCUUCGAAAGACUGCAAGGCUGAACUGCGUGAGCACGAACACGUGGUGGAGUGCAUCUCCUGGGCACCAGAGAGCGCCCACCCCACCAUCCAAGAAGCCACAGGCUCUGAGACCAAGAAGAGUGGUAAGCCAGGCCCCUUCCUGCUGUCUGGCUCCAGAGACAAAACCAUCAAGAUGUGGGAUGUCAGCAUUGGCAUGUGCCUUAUGACACUGGUCGGCCAUGACAACUGGGUGCGAGGGAUCAUCUUCCACCCUGGAGGCAAGUUCAUUGUGACCUGUGCAGACGACAAGACCUUAAGGAUCUGGGACUACAAGAACAAGCGCUGCAUGAAAACCCUGUGUGCCCACGAACACUUUGUUACCUCUCUGGAUUUCCACAAGGCUGCUCCCUAUGUUGUCACUGGGAGCGUAGAUCAAACAUUAAAAGUGUGGGAGUGCCGCUGAUCUGGACCUCGGAGGAUUGGACCACCACCCUAAUUACCCAGGCGCUCCUCUGGAUCCCAUCUUCCCUCCUGCCAUCCCACCUACCCCUUUCAUCCCAACACCCCCCUCCCCCCACCCCCUCAUCUAAAAUUAAGUCUCACCCGCACAUCUUCAUCUCCUCCGGCUGCACUUACCCCCAUGGUUAUUUACCCAUCGCGCUCUCUGGUCCAAUAACUUUUGUCCUUCUUUGUAAAUUAUUCCUGGAUGUAGAUCAAGCUAUUAAAUGUUACACAAAAAAGUAUUCUUGCAUGGUAAUCCAAAAUUGUAUACUGUAAAUUUACAUAACGUUGUCUAGAAGUACCAUAGGUUUAACACGGGGCUGGCCGUCUGUCACGCAGCCUUACCGACCAACCGAAGGCAGAUGUUUUUGACUGGGUGUAAAAUGUAGGGCACUAAAAACCAAUAAUUUAAGAAAUGACAGUGUCUUUAUGUGUAAGAUUUAUUUUUGUCUAUUUUUUUAUUUAGGAUUUUUUUCUGUUAUUUCUCUCCUUCACUGUCGUAGUCUGUUGGUGCCUAGCUUGGUGAAACUUUCGAGAGAUAAGGCAGGAGAAGCAUAUAUGACGCGAUAAGAUGCGAUUGUUUGUGGGGCUUUGUUAUUGAAAUAAUCUGUAGCUUUAUAACGUCACUUCUCAAGUGUGCAUACCAUUUCUCUUCAUGUGGAACUAGGUAAUAUUUUAUUGGCUGUAUAUACGAAUGUUUCAAACUGUUGUCGUUGGACCUUGGGGGUUUAAAAACAGCUUUGUACUCUUGUCAUGUUGGCACAUGAACCACUGCUAGGCUUUAGAUAAAUGAUCCCGUUCAAUGAAUCUGCAGUAAAGAAUAAAAAGUUGAAACGUUGCAGAGCGGCUUUGUGAAAAACCCAAAGUUUUUUACAAGCAGCCCGAUGUAGCAAGCAUGUUUGUUUGGCUUUCGCUGUUAGUGAGCACCUUGGGUCACAGCAGCAGUUAGGGGAUUACACCUAUUUAAUCUCUAGCACUUGAUAAAGACCUUGGGUGUGUCUCCCUCCACCAGACGAUUUCCUGUGACCUUGCAUGUCAGACUUUUGACAGACAGACUAAACACUCUGUCCACUACUAGUCUCCUGACCAGUCAGUCUUGGUUGAGAUUGAUGUACCAUAGGAAUUAGGUAAAGUCAGAAGAUGCUCAGUCGACCCAUGAUGCAUCUGAAAGCCACUAACAGAAGCCUCAUGUGAAACAGCCCUGCUAAAGAUUUAACUAAAGGCAUGAUGAGGAGUCAAAGUAAGGCCCCCUGGGUUUGAUAUCUGGGAUGUGCAAAGAUCUCUUAAUUUUAGGGGUGAAAUUUAAGUUCUGCAUAAUAAAAAUGGUUUUGAGUGGAAAAAACAGUUUUCUGUGAAAAUAUGAAUUGUAAAUUUAGCUUGUUAUAGAGAGAUUUGGCAAUUUUGUAUUAUCGCACUAAAGGAUGAAGUGGAUGGGAAUGAAGGAUUGGUGAGGAAGAGCUAGCAGCGGAUGAGCUCUGUUGAGGCUAUUUUGUUCAUCAGAGGGGUCUGAUGUAGAGGUUGCGGUUUUAUCGGACUGACUCCUUGCUGAAAAAAGGUGGAGAAACUCCUGCAUUAGAUAAAAGAGGAGAAUGAUGAAGCCUGAGCGACGAAGAUCUCUGCAGACAAACCCCACAGACAACCUCAACAAUCUUUUGAGUGGCAUUCCUCAAAGGUUUGACUUUUGAAGCCGUGACUGUAAAAUGAAAGACUGUAAAAUGAGCGUAAACCAGGCCGUGCUGUAGAAACGACCAUUCCACUCCCCGCUGGAAGACAAAAACAAUGAACCAUCAUGCUUGUGACUGUUGCUGGCGCGGUGAUUCAUUAAUCUUGCACAUCCCUGUUUUCACUAAGUCUUUGGUCCUUUUUAAUAAUGAUCAAAGACGACAUUAAAAUUGAAUGAUGUUGAUAAAUGCAUAAACCUAUAAUUUCUGAUUAGCCUUUUCAUUCCAAUUCAGUUCUUGGCUAAUAAAGAAUUCCACUGCUUAACUGAUCUUAGCUUAUUUGCCAAGUGUUCUUCUUCCUGUGUGUGCUGGACGCGGUGAUCUGCUGCUCAAGCUCCUACUAGUGGCUACUGUGAGCCUACUGUGACCUGUUGAUGUAGCACUGCUGCAUGUAAACCUGCACCAGCAGCAGAGCCGUCAGAACACUGAGCGUUCACAAAGACUCAAUUCUGCUAUUCACAGACCAAUUUGAUUGAAUAUUGAUGUGAGAAAAGGUCUGUAUUUAAAGUAGUUUGACAUUUUGGGAAAUAACUUGUUUGCUUUUUAUGCAGAGAUUUGGAUGAGAAUAUUACAUUUCAAAGUCGAGAAGAGAAUUAAAUAUUGUACAUUUUUUGAAAAUCUAAAUUUGUGGACUGACAGAGUUAACAAAACAGAGGUGUAAUGCUGCAUUCAGGCACUGUCAGCAAAAUGGGAGGAAUAAACACGUUUUUUUUAUGACUCAUCACUCCCAACUGUUUAACCCUAGUGCUGGUAUUACCCUUGUAUUUAGAGCAUGUGUUGAUAACACAUGUAUUUAGUAGUUUGUUGUAAAAUUAGAUGAAUGGAUUGUAUCAACCAGCAGCAGCAUCAUUUGCAGCCACUCUGCCAACAGUUUGUUGACGUGUUAGUUAUUUUUUUAUCAAGGUGGAAAUAAUCGUUGUCAGAAAUCACCUAUAUCUUUGACCAAUGAUUACAAGGCUGAUGGGAAUGUUUCCAUUCUUCCACUCAAGCUGAAAAUGAAUUUCUAAACGAUGAAAUGUGAAUGCAGCAUGUGUUGACUAACUUUCUGGAGUCCCCCUGGUUGCCUGGCAACUGCUAUCUUCCAUUGGCUAGAGUCAGGCUAUUCGUCUGAUUCCAGUUAUGCUAAGCUAAGCUAACCAUCUACAAGCAUCUAUCUUCUCAUCUAAAACUAUGUAAUAUAGUGAAUUCAACCUUUUUUCCCAAACUGUCAGACUCCUCCGGUAACAUCACUGAGUGUGUAUGAGUUCAGACAGCUCUGUUCCCUGGUCGUAGAAAGGCUGGUCGUGUUGUGUGUGAUGCAAACUGAUGAAGGUUCACCACCUCCAUCUUCUGUAAAUGCAAUGGGAUUGUGGCAGACUAGGAUGUUCCUAAGGAGAAACCCUCUCCUUCAGGGAAUAUUACUGAUGUCUCCCUUUGAUAUGUGCCCCCUCCUCCGCCCCUGACCCUUACAAAGGUUUUUAUUUAGUUUUAUUUUAUUUUCUACAAGCUGUUUUCUGAGUGGAGAAUCAGCUGUUUUUUGUAGUCCUAUUUGACAUGGCUAAUGAAGAUGCCAGUGUGUUCAAUGUUCUAGCUGAAGCCAAAAAAAUGGAGAUGUGUCAGAACAAUCUGGUUUAAAAAAUGACGCUCGUCUCCUCAGGAUCACGCUAUGACAUGCCAGACCGUAAAAUGUAAAUUUAAAGGAAUAAAAUCUUCCCUUCUUUGGUUUUAUUGAAGGAAGGUGUUUAAUCGAAGGUCAGGAUGAUGUGUGUCCUGAUUCUUUUGUAAGAAAAAGUAGAUAAAAAGCAGCGGCUGGUGUUUGUACACCAGUGUGUGCCCUGUUGAAGAAAAUCCCCCUUUGCCAUUUGCAGGUCCCAAGCAAUCCCUGUGCUGCUCUGGUUUUGGUGUAUGAAGGGACUGACAGACAGGCCGUGACUGUCUGGAGGUCAUUUCCUGCUGCCUCAGGUCCACCUGUCCUCUGUAACCUGCCUGUGAACCACAUGUGAGGGCUUCAGACUGCACAACAAGCUCCGACAGCAGAGCUCGUGAUGUUUUCGCCACUAUGGUCUCACUCUUCACUCAGCAAACUGUCAACAAUAUACCUGGAUGUCAUUAUUGUUUGCAAUAUAAUAAAAGAAGUAAAAUCUG